GAGCGUACAUUACCUGAGUAUUGUAUUGUAUACUUCUUCUAUAUGGAAAACGUCUGUAUCACUACAUACCUGGUAUACACCGGCAAUACCGACGCCAUCUGUGCCUCACUGUAAACUACUACUGUACGCCAGCAAACAUGGCGGCGGUCAACGAAAGCGGCCACUGGACUCCGCCAGAACUCCAACUCGUGCCUCGCACGUGGUAUCAGACGCUACUGGACUAUCCACUUCCGACGGCGCUGCUCGCCACCAUCAUCGUGCUGAUCGUGACCAGGCUCUCGAGCAGCACCCAGAGCAAAGCACGAACGCAGAAUGGCGCGAGCAUCAUUCCCGCCCAUCCAUACUGGCUGCCGUUCAUUGGUCAUGCACCGCAGAUGUUCUAUGGCGACGGCUUUCUGGAACACCUUCGCGUGCUCUACCGAAAAGGUGCUUUUGCCCUGAAUCUGGGCGGCAGUCGGCAUAAUAUCUUGUACACGCCAGGCCAUGUCACUGCACUGCUCAAUGCGAAAAAGGAGAAUGCCGAUUCCGAGGACGUGGCGAGAAAGCUGAUGGUCAGUAUCUUCGACUUGCCAGUGUACGAUCUCGAAAAAUAUGAUGCAGCCCACAAGGAUAUGGUGGAAUGUUAUCGCGAAAUCUUGUCCAACCCGGGGCUGGAAGGGCUGGUUGAAAACACAGCGGGCCGAGCAAGAGACUAUGUCACCAACCUAGUAUCUUUUCUGGAGAGUCCGGUCGACCAGAUGCCCUGGGAGAAGAACGCCAACAUUACUCUUCUGGCUGAUGCGGCCCAAGGCAGCUCAUCGAACCCAACAGUGGUGGAGGCCAGCUUGUUUCCCUUGAUUCGAGAUUUCGUGGCUUUCACAGCCAAUCCUUCCAUCAUGGGGUCCGAUUUCCUCCAGAACUUCCCCACCUUCUUCGAUGAUAUCUGGACUCUCGAUUCGGGCUUCAUUAUGCUGGCUGCGGGACUUCCACGAUGGGCUCCCAUCCCCACUCUCACCAGGGCGCAUAUCGCUCGCAGGGACAACCUCAAACGCCUGGAAGAGUUUCACGAGAACCUCCAGAAACAUCAUCGCGGCGAACCGGUCGAGUCCAAAUGGUCAUCUCUAGACGAUGUGGGCACGCUGCUCAAAGCUCGAAUGCAAGUCUACGAAAAGCACGACUUCUCCAUCCGCACCCGAAGCUCAUACGAGCUCGCUCUCAUGUGGGCGGCCAACGCCAACUCGGACACGUUAAUCUUCUGGAUGAUCAACCACGUCUACUCUGACCGCGUCCUCCUCGCCCAACUCCGCGAAGAAAUCGCCCCCUACAUCAAAAUUUCGCACGAGCGAACCGGUCUUCCCAUCGAAGCACCUCCCCGCAUCAGCGCCAUCGACACCACCCGUAUCUUCGACUCCUGCGCCCUCCUCAAAAGCGUCUACGUCGAAUCUCUCCGCUUCGACACAGCUCCAUGGUCCUUCAAAGUCAUCAAAAACGAUUUUGUCCUCCAAUCUCGCGAAAAGGGUGCAGAACCUUUACUCCUCCGCAAAGGCGAAUACGUACACGCCGCGCAUGAUCUACACAAUAGUGAUCCAGAAUACUGGAACGACCCCAAAACUUUCCAGGCCGAUCGCCACGUGAAAAAAGACGACGCGGGGAACUCGACGGCGGAUUUGGGCACGAUUCGACCGUAUGGUGGAGGCGCGAGUAUGUGCAAGGGCAGAGCGUUUGCAUUGCGUGAGGCCAUGUUAUUUACGGCGAUUGUGAUUUCCAUGUGGGAUAUUCAGCCUCAAGGAGGGGGAAAGUGGAAGAUGCCCAAGCAUAAAAAGGCCACGGGGACGUAUGUGACGAGUGAUGAUACGAGGGUGUGGAUUAGUCGAAGGAAAUUUUGAUGGGGGAGCGGGGUGAGUAGAGUAGAGUAGAGUAGAGUAGAGUAGAGUAGAUCUUAUACUAAGGUAAGGUAGGUAUGUGGGUACAAGUACAUGUAUGACUGAAAUGUUUGAAAAGAACGACUUCA